AUGGCGUCCAUGCUGCUGCGGAGCUGCGGCCGGCGGCUGUGCCGCCCGCCGCGCCCGCUGAGCCGCCCGCCGCAGCCCGGUAACUUGGGAGAUCGAGCUUGUCUUAGCUGUACAUCCCUGAGAUUGGCAAACAAUAUGACUCUACACUUUAAAUAUUGCACUAGUGUGCCUGCUGUUUACACAUACUCCAAAAAAGAUCAUUACUGUUGUUGGACUAAAGGAUCUGAACGAAUGUACUUUUCAGUUAUGAGCUCCUCUGGCUCAUGGACGCCGCUUGCAACCGUGGGUGUUUUAGGUGCCCAGUAUGUUCCAGUUAGAUGGUGGCAUUCUUCUCGUCCCCUUCAAGAUGACUCCAUGGUUGAAAAGUCCCUGAAGUCCCUGAAGGACAAAAACAAGAAGUUGGAAGAAGGGGGCCCUGUAUAUAGUCCAACAGAAGUAGAAGUAGUUAAAAAAUCUCUUGGACAGAGGAUUGUGGAUGAGCUGAAGCAUUAUUAUCAUGGUUUUCGAUUACUGUGGAUUGACACAAAAAUAGCUGCAAGGAUGCUCUGGCGAAUACUUCAUGGGCACACUCUGUCUCGUCGGGAACGUAGACAGUUCCUUCGAAUAUGUGCCGAUCUUUUCCGCUUGGUCCCUUUCCUUGUUUUUCUUGUUGUACCAUUUAUGGAGUUUCUGCUUCCAGUAGCUCUUAAGCUGUUCCCUAAUAUGCUUCCUUCUACGUUUGAGACAAAGUCUAAAAAGGAGGAACGACUGAAGAAACAGUUGAGAGUAAAGCUUGAAUUGGCUAAGUUUCUUCAAGACACCAUUGAGGAGAUGGCCUUAAAAAAUAAAGCAGCCAAAGGAAAUGUUACAAAAGACUUCUCAACAUUCUUUCAAAAGAUCAGAGAAACUGGUGAAAGACCUAGUAACGAGGAGAUCCUGAGGUUCUCUAAACUAUUUGAAGAUGAAUUGACCCUGGACAACCUAACCAGGCCUCAGUUGGUGGCACUCUGUAAACUCCUGGAACUUCAGUCAAUUGGAACAAACAACUUCCUGCGCUUCCAGCUGACUAUGAGGUUGAGAAGCAUAAAGGCAGACGACAAACUGAUUUCUGAAGAAGGAGUCGAUACUCUGACCGUUAAAGAGCUGCAGGCAGCGUGUCGUGCAAGAGGUAUGAGAGCUCUUGGUGUAACAGAGGAGCGUCUCAAGGAACAGCUUAAGCAGUGGCUAGAUCUGCACCUGAACCAGGAAAUCCCUACUUCAUUGCUUAUUCUAUCCAGAGCCAUGUAUCUUCCAGAUACCCUUUCUCCAGCUGACCAGCUUAAAACAACACUUCAGACACUACCAGAGAGUGUUGCCAAAGAAGCUCAAGUCAAAGUGGCAGAAGUUGAAGGUGAAAAAGUAGAUAAUAAAGCACGCCUGGAAGCAACUCUUCAGGAAGAGGAAGCCAUCAGAAAAGAAAAUCAAGAAAAAGAGAUGGAAAGACUGUCUGAAGCUGCAGAGAAAGCCAAAGAAAGCCUUCAGGUUCCAGCCAUGAAAGAAGUAGAAUUGGCAGUGGAUCUUGCAGCAGCUGGUGUGCAAGGGAAAAAAAGUCACCUAGCCGUGGAAACGGAACAAGAGCUGGCAAGGGUGGAUGUGACGGUGGACUCGGAGACACUGAAAGAUACAGCACCAGUGUUAGAAGGCAUUAAGGGUGAGGAAAUAACUAAGGAGGAGAUUGAUGUGCUGAGUGAUGCUUGCACCAAGCUGCAGGAACAGAAAAAGUCACUAACAAAAGAAAAAGAGGAGCUCGAGGAGUUGAAGGGUGAUGUCCAGGAAUAUAAUGAGGACUUGCAAGAAAUAAAAGAACUGUCUAAAACUGGGCAAGAAGAUGUAGUGGAAGAGUCCAAGGCAAGCAAGAGAUUGACCAAAAGGGUGAACCGAAUGAUUGGUCAGAUAGACAAAAUCAUUAAUGAGUUAGAGACAAGCCAAAAGACAGUGGAUGUCAAGCCUGAAGGGAGUGCUGGUCCAGCUGCUGGGGAGAAUCUCAUCAGUAUUUCUGAGCUUCUUAACGCGAUGAAACAAAUUCAGAAGAUUCCGGAGGAGAAGCUGACUAGGAUAGCAGAGGCCCUAGAUGAAAACAAGGAUGGCCAAAUUGAUAUAGAUAAUGUUGUUAAGGUAGUAGAAUUGAUUGACAAAGAAGAUGUUGAUAUCGGAACCAGUCAGGUUGCUGAAAUUAUGGCACUGCUUCAAAAAGAAGAAAAACUGGAAGAAAAAGAGAAAGCAAAAGAAAAACUGGAUAAGGGAGCUGCGGAAGCAAAGAACUAAACUUCAUAAUUUGAAGAAAAGUCUGUUUUUAUUUAACCAAAACCAUGUGUAUCUUUGUGUCUAAUGGCUUCAGAUUAGUUGAGCUUUUGUGAUUAUGGAAAACAUUUUGAGCUGAUUCUAGUAAUAAAUCAUAGAUAUGUUUUCUGACACAUGGAAUGAAAUUUCCGUUCAUUGAGCAAGCAAUUUAAUGUCAUUCCAUACAGAUGAAAACAAAAUAUGCUUCUUUAUCAGUGUUCCUGCCCACAAAAUCAUGUAUUUGCACUCAUUGUUGUGGUACAGUGAUUCAUUAAACUUAAGAUUUAUGCUGUAUAAAUUAAGUGUAUCUAUCAUGGAAGAAUGUUUCUCAUCUAUUUUCUUUUAUCGUUACCUAGGGCCCAACCUUGCUCUGCUUUUACCUUUUAGCUUUUUCAGAGUUUAUUACAAACUUCCUCUUCCUUCAAAAUACUGCAUUUUUUGUGACCUUAGUGAAGAUUCUGUGGCUGCAGUAGUAGCUCUUUAGUUUUCCUUUUAUUUAAGCAUAAUGUUAUUAAGCCUCACUGACAGAGAAUGUGGCAUUUUAAUUACUUUCUUGAAUACACACUUUUUUUUCUGUUGAGGGGAAAAUUGGGUUUAUUUUUCCCUACAAUGGAAACUUCCCAUGAAAUAUGCUUCUUAUGGGUGCCUUAAAUUUCAUAAAACUAUUGAGUAGAGGAUGCUGCUUCUACUCAGAAUUCCAUUUGAACUACUAAAGCAUUGGAAUCACAGGAGCCUUUAAAAUAGUUUCAGAACACAAUCAGUCACACCGUGAAACGUGCUUGUGUUUGUCUAAAAAGGGGAAAUGUCAGUUGUGAUUUUCGCAUAUAUUUUUAAAAAAACGCAGUUAUGAAGGCAUGUUUGUUCUUGUUCACCUGGCAGUUAUUUACACCACAGAUUCUCUUACCUCUCGAUUUUCAUCUCAGGUAUAAAAUUCACUAUCUAAGUAUAUUUGGAAUUCAUAAAUACGCUUCAUCUCAUGGCCUUGCUGGCUGUACAGUCACUGCGUGAUGUCUGGUACAGCUAGUGUUUGGAUUACAUCAUUGGUUUUCUUAGAUAAUUGGUUAUCAUUACAGUCUUUGACUUAGUUCAUUUAAGUCUGUCUUUAGCAGUAAAUUUUCAAAUUUUGAAACAAAGAUAUCAACUAUGGAAUGUUCCAUAAUUCCUGGCACGUACAUUUUGAUUUUGUGUGCUCUAUAAAGAGCACAUUUUAUGAUGGUGCUGUGCUCAACGAUAUUUAGGUGGGCUGUUAGUACUUAAUGUUUAUAGUUAUAAUUGCAUAUUUUCCUAGAAAACAUUGGCUCCCAAGUGUAUUUCAGCAUACUUAUAUGCUCAAUAUUUAUCUAGAUUGACUAAAUUAUUUGUUAAAACUCAUUUGAAGUUAGUGGAGCAAAAAAAGAUUUGGACAGUCUCAUGGCUUGCUUGAUAGACCAUACCAUUCAGUUGUUCCAAAACAAGAUGUUCAGUGACAUUAAUUUUAGAAGGGUCGGUGUUUUAAUUCAAGUGUGGAGGUUCUGUAUUCUGUAUGCAGAGAAAACUGCUUACAGUCAUAUUUCUGAUCCUACAGAGUUAUGUAAUUUUAUCUCAUUAGUAAAGCUGCUGUGGCAGAGCUGAAAUUUCCAGUCAGGAUGGUCUUUGCAAUUAAUAUAGUCCUACAGGAUGGCUUUCUCUCUUAUGAACUGAGAUUAACUUGGGAGAUUUCAGCAUGGAAGUCAGCUCGUAGAUUUUGAAGAUGGGACUUCACUGUAAGCUUUGUAGGUUACAACUUACCUUAGAUGAAAGGGCAAGACAAAAAUACAGUUUGGACAAUAACUUGACAGUGUAUGAUUAAGGGCACAAUUAGUGGGCCCUGAAGUAGACUAAAUGUUACUAAAAUAUCUUUAGUUGGGAGAAAAAAAAAUGUGCAGCAGUCUUACUUGACAUUCCUUGAUGUUUAUGCAGGAAUGAGGUCAGCUGGCUGAAGUCUCAUAAAGAUACUCUAACUAAAAUUGUCCUCUGGCUUUCAUGGAAUAUCGAAAGUCUAUGAGUACAUCUGAAUAAAUUGGGUUUUUAAAUAUUAAAAUAUCAGAAGAAACCGUUUUCAAAGAUUUACUGAUUUAACCCUUAUAGUUUUAAUUGGCCUGGCACUAAAGGACUUGAUUGUAUAGCUGGGGAUUUUGCUACUGCUAUUGCUGCUACAGUAUUUACUGUUCAUUUGAACUUUUUUCUUAUAAGGAUUUUUUUUCCCUAUAAGCAACAGGAAUAAGAACAGAGCCAAAAAACACCUGUAUUUAUAAAGAAUGCCCUGAUUAAAACAAUUGACGCUUUUAUUGAUCAUGGGUAGCUUUUGGAUUUGUGUGAAACUUAGUAUAUUGUGAAAAUUGAAUGAGUUAUAUGAAAUACACUUAAAAUGCACUGCUUUCAAUCACAAAUGUCAAUUUUCCCCCUGCUACCUAAGGAGUCCAGAUGAGCUCCAUGUCAACCACGGCACAGCGUUUGAGUGGGAAGUCUCUGCCUUCUCACGUGGGAAGCAGCCAGACCCACUGGACUUUAACCACAGCUGUUCUGCAGGCUUGAAAAGAUUAGGACGAGCUCAGUGAUUCAGUGGCUCCAUUUCAUGAGCAGCUUUAUCCAGGUGAUAAAGAUAACGUAAGUGAAGAGCUGCCUCGUGGGUUGGCUCCACAUCAGGUGCUUCGUUGUCUUUCAUGCUGACCAAAAAAAGCAAGAACAAGCAAUACCAAGAGCUUCAGAGAAACGGUGACAUCCAAAUGUACAGUAACUGGUCAGAACUUACUGUAGAAUGAAUAUU